UUGCUUCAUAUUAUUAUUAUUCGAGCUACAGAGAGGCUGCCAGGCUGCUUGUGGAAAGUUUACAGUUUGAGCACGGCUGACUUGGACGUGUUGGUUUUAUAAUAUUCCUGCAGUCUUAUCGACACUAAUUCAUAAAUAAACAUGUAAAAAAAAGAUGUGAUUCUGACAUUUAGUUUUCAGUGUAAAUCGUGAUAAGCAAGAGAAAGAUUGCGAAACGAGUGUCGACUGGGAUGAGUCAUAAGAGGACGUUGUUAUCUUUAUCGUCCAAGUAAGAACUGCGAAACAGCGUCAUUCCGCGAUCUCUCAAAGUCUUCCAGUAAUUUUGCCCGAAAAAAAAAGUGAAAUUUAUUCUGGGGGAAGGAAUACUUUAGCGAAAUGUCGAAAGCAAAGAGACCGUGGCUCCCAGUUCUUGUUCUCCAUUUGCUCAGUGUGUGUGUCUUCCUAUUGCAAAUUACGAGUGGGGAAUAUGUAGAACAAUUUCUUGAAAGCGUGGAGGUGUGCACCAGUGCUGCGGUAGGACCAUUUUCCAACCUGGCAAAAAAGAAGAUUCGCCUUCAGAACUAUCCGAACAACACGGUCAUGGUCAAAAUGACGCGCUGGGACGAGUUUUGGCCAAGUUUUCUCAACUUUCGCUGCAAAUUCCAAGUCACUGCCCCCAAGAAAUUCGGCGUGAUGGUAGUUAUUCAGGGGAUGCAUCUUCGUACAAAGAAGGGCAGUGGUGUCGGAUGUCGGGAUUGGAUCAAGUUCGAGCAAGACGAUGGGUUCAAAACGGGGCAAAUUUGCGGUGAAUUGAGUGAGAAUGAUCACUCGAAAGCUCCUCAGCAAGUGACUGGUCCACGAUUCUUUUACGACAACAAGGGGCAGAUGGACGUCUCCUUCUCCACCGACGACCAGGACACGGACGAAGAGAAAAAGCCAGUCUUCCUCAAGAUGGUUUUUACAGCGUAUCACGAGUGUUCCGACAUGAGCAUAAGUCAAGGGAAGACCAAAAGAUGUUCGUCCCUUCGCAGCCAUUCCUGUAUCCCAGCUGAUUUAUUUUGUGACGGGGAAAUAAACUGUGGCUUCAACGACUCUGAUUUCGGGUCAGACGAGCAAAAGUGUGAUGGCUCCGUGCGACACGGGAGUGGAGGCAAAGAUCGCCCUGCGUCGCUGUACGUGUUUGCCGUCACCUGCAUUGCGACCCUCGUGUUGGUCAUUCUGCUCAUGUUCUUGGCCUGUUGCUGUGUUCGAAAGUAUGGGACGAGACACCAGCCUCCAAGCCAUCUUGGCCACUUGGCCCCCUUCCAGGAUCACCUCGAGUUUCACAUGGGAUCGUCGGGAACGCCCAUGUCAACUUUGGUAACGUCAGAAAUCAACGAAAAGAAGCCUGAAGAUUGCCCCCCAGCUUAUGACGAUCUGUUCCCACACUGCUCAGAACCAACGACAACCAAGACCAACGCGAAGCACUGAAUGGAACCAUUCGAAGACGACAGACAAAUUUACAUAGCGUCGCGAACUUAUCCACACGUGCCUACUUCACACUCCCCAUCCAUCGAUUUGCAUUAAGAUUACGAAUUCUGUACAUACCGUGUAAGACUACUUUGGACAAGUACUAUGCCCUCAGGCGUAAUACGCAUGAGUUGAGAUUGGCCAAAACGAGAUAAUCAAUUAAUUAGCGAAAUAAUAGAUAGCUAUUUCUGCGAUACAAGUAUGUAUAACUGUGUAGUCGACCUUCCGCAAAAGUUAUGGGUUGUCGACGGUAGAGUUUUUUAGUCACAUUUUUCGCCCUUGUUCACUACUGUUUGUACCGUUUUUUGUUGUUUUUGUUACUGUUUGGAAAUAUGCAGGUAGAAAUACUUAUGUAGGUCGUAGAGCUUUCGAGAGGUAAUAAUUUAUAUAUGAAAAUAUUCCGCUGAAAUAUAUUAUUACACAAUUAAAAUUUACAAUGAUCAAAUUUAAGGAUUGUUAUAGAUUUUAAUUGUCUUGGUACAUUUGUACGCUUCCCACCCAAUCAGUUUUAUUUAUGUAUUAAUCUACUAUUUAAGCAAUCCUUGUUUGUACAUUUGUUGAGGUGUAAAGUUUGGAGGUCACAAUGUAACGUAAUUAAAAUUUCAAAAAUCUUA